AUGAAAAUGAAAUCUCCUUUAUUUAGAGGACCACUGGUCAACAGUUCCACAGAAAAUCCAAUUCAUAUCCUAACGCGAGAGAAAUUGAGACAUCAGACCAGUGGUACAAACUCAACAGAGAAAGUAAUACUACCUAAUAUACUUCAUAGUUAUAUCAAAAACCUAAACUUAGAUUUCACAUCACCAUAUGGAUCAACUGGUAAUAAUGAAGUAUUAAGCAUACUUCGUAGUAGGUUUAAACAAAGCAUUUUCCCAUCAUCUGGAUUAAAGUGUUUGGAUACUACUGGUGAUUUUCUCAUCAAAAAUGUUUUACAUAAAAGAUAUGAAAGUGUUCAGAAGAAUAUCUCAAAUGCAUUAUCAUCCUCCAUAAAUUCUCGCACUGCAGUCUUCUUUUGUAUACUGUUCAGUAUAACAGUGUUAAUGGAAAUAGCUCCUGGACCUCUUUUGAAGAAACCUUCAUUAUUAUUUUCAGAUAAUUUACCAAAUGUAUUGCAAUAUACACGAGAUGUGUAUGUGAAUCAUGUUUGUAUAAUACACAAAAGUUUAAGUCCAUGUGAGUGCGAGGAGCCUCUCAAUCGAAUUAUUAGAGAUAUGUUUCCGCAAACCACUUUUGACCCACUUGAACUACAGAAACCUUCACCCAGUAAAGUGAAAACUAUAACCUACAUGCUUGGUACUAUUCUUCUUGUAAUUACAUUAAUGGAUAAGACUGGAUACACUCAAUUAGUUAAAAUGUAGAUAGAAUGAAAUACACAUUAACCUCCUUCUCCAUUUACUGUUCUUUGAUUCUAACCUCCUUCUCCAUUUCCCGUUCUGUCCUAGUUCUUUGUUUCUAACAUUCUUAGCUUACCGAGAUAAGCAAUUCCCUACCUAGAAAAAGAUGAUCAAAGGCAUUGAGGAUCAAGCUAUCCUUCUUUUGCUGUUGAAUUGAAUUGAAUUAUGUUUUGGUAAGGACAUCAGUAUUGAUCCUCGUCUGAUAUAGAGACUUUCAGGUUUUCUAGAUCAGCUAUUAUCCUUUGAAACUCAUUAACGUCCUCAAACUAAGGAAAGAAGUGCUCAGUGAGCUUUAAAUGAUUGAAUUGGACUUUCGGUCAGAAGUGAGCCUAAGCUUUGUUGUGAGCUGUCUCGUUUCCCUGUACUCGCAUUCGCUUACAUCAAACCAAUCAAGCUAGGAUUCUUGUGGGAUUGACUCCUGGUAAGGAACCGUCUUUACAUCUCUAACUUGUUGGCUCGUUAGGAAGGGAAGUUAAAGCUUGCCUGUAAGGGGAAGGCAAGCUCUCUAAGCAAGCUGUUUUCAUGCCUAUACUAGCUUUCUUUGUUUGACAGGUUGGGGGAAUACCCAAUUCAAAGAGAUCAAGCUUACACUGCACAGAUUUGACCUUAUUAAGAAAGUUUCCGGGAAGGGGUAGAAGAUGCUAGAUGUUUCCCUAGGGUCUUGACUAGUUCCUACUUCCUUGCUUCCAGUGUAGAAGGUGUAGCUGGCAUACUGGAGUCAAUAUCUUAGUUCAGUUGUUGCCUCCGGUUGUCAUACUGGAAUGAGUCAAUAUCUUAGUAUCGUCUGUAAUGUGGAAGAAGUAGCUAGAUGUCUUCCCUGUGGUUCUCUGCUAGUGGAUACUUCUCUCUAGCGGUGUAUCGGGUGUUGGCACUUCGGUUGUUGCCAGUCCUGUCAUUUCCUAGAAUAUGUGUUAGUAUAGGCUGGAAUAUGUAAGUAUUGUCUAGAAGUUCCCUGUUGGUCCCUUACUAGUCUGCUCUUCUUUGUUCCAGUGAGUUCUGUCAUGAAGUGUAGCUCAUGUUAGGAUUACCCGGGAAGCGAGCUUGUCGACGACGACGGGUAAGCCGUGUGAGCGGUUAAGGGUUGCUUGUUGCUCAGCUGUCUUUAGUCAAUAUCUUAUGAAUGUUCCGGUCCAGGGAAUAAUGUGAAUGUAGCUAGAGUGUUCCUAAGGUGCGUGCAUACUAGGGCUUCUUCCUCUAGUUACCGUUGUAGCUGAACCAGCACUUGCAGCUGUAUAUUCUGGGCGAGGAGCGUAAGCGAC